AUGCUGAUGCACCAGCCCGCCGACACGGUCGUCGACGCCGUGGCGCUCGAGCUCGUGCAUUGGCUCUCAGACCUGCGCGACGUUGUCGCCUUUGUGUCGGCCUUGCCGCAGCCAACGCCGGCGCUCGCAGCGCUGCUCCAGCUCCACCAGGCGAUCGACCUCACGCAGCACUGGCCGUGCUUGAACCUCCAAAACAUCCCAAAGCGCCACAUCAACGUGGGCAUCGCCGCAUUAGCCGCUUUCCCGCGCGUCGCAGUGGCCCCUGCCACGAACCUCCGAUGGCUCUCGGCGCCACUGCCGCGAACGACAAGCGUGCACAUGCCUCUCAAGUCGUGCAACCGCACGACGCUAGCGUUUGCUCGCGCAUGGGGCAGUAGUGUCCGGCAUGUCUGGGUCCGAAACGCCAACGCGUUGCUUCCGCACGUGCAAGAGGUCCUCGCUUUGUGUCAACACCUUGACAGCGCCGACCUCCUUGUGUCUACUGCGACCAACGCCGGUCUCUGGGUGGACGCCUUGACACGGCCCGCGUGUCCCUUCUUCGCGCUCACCGUCGACAUAUCGUACAUGUACGCUUCCGCAGCCGAGUGCAUGCCAUUGGCGCAAGCCAUUCUCUCGUCGCCGUCGCUUCGUCGUCUCUCGCUGAUUUGUAACGCAGCAGGCAUCCACGACGCGCUACUGGCAUCCAAAGGCGAUCUACACCAUGUGACCAAGUUUUGCGCUGUUGGAAUGCCAGCGCAGCCCCUCAUCAAGAAGACGGAUCCAGCCAAGCUUCUCAACGUGCUCUGCAGUGGCACCUUUGAUUUAUGGCGUUGCAGUGCGCUUCAAUGUCUCUCACUCACGCACGGCUCGCUCGAUUGGCCGAGGAUUGCCACCGGCUGCUGCCCCAACCUGCGCUUUGUGACACUCUUUGGCACCAUUGCCGAUGCCGACAUGCCACUCGUCGCGCAAUGGCUGAGCACCUCGCGCGUCUUGCGGUGCGUGCAGACACCAUCCGACUCUGUGGGCGAACUCGGCGCCCAAGCUAUGGCGGGUGCGCUGCCCCAAUGGAUCGCGCGGGGGCUCGAGAUGUUCCGAUUGGGUCGCAACCUCUAGAGCAAGCACGAGCUCUUGCU